UUCACAACGAACCCCUUUCUUGAGCCGCACCAUAUCAUCCUCCUCCUGACGGCGACAUGAACUCCGAUCCAACGGCAAAAGCCGAUCAGCUCGAGCAGCUUGCGUGCGAGUAUUGCUCAGCCCAUGCCGCGGCAGUUGCAUCACUGCUAGCCCGGAGUCGGAGAGGAGGAGAAGAGAGCAAUCCCUCGAGUCAACGCCGCAAUGGCAUUAUCCCCUCUCUUGCUCGCGGCCGUUUCCGUGCUCCUCCUGCUGCCGCCGCCCCAGGCCGCUCAGUCCGCGGCAUCCCCCCGCGUCUUCUCCGUCGUCGACUACGGCGCGGCCGGCGACGGGGCGCGCUACGACACGGCGGCCAUCCAGGCCGCCGUCAACGCCUGCGCGGCGGCCGGGGGCGGCCGCGUCCUCCUCCCGGCCCCCGGGGACUACCUGACGGCGACCGUCCACCUCCGGUCGGGCGUGGUGCUCGAUGUGCCCCCCGGAGCGCGGCUGCUGGGCGGGACCAGGCAGGGGGAUUACCCGCCCGAGUCGCGCCGGUGGUACGUCGUGCUGGCCGAGAACACCACAGGCGCGGGCGUCGCCGGCGGCGGCGAGAUCAACGGCCAGGGCGGUGCCUUCGUGGUCACGCCCAGCGACCAGAAGAACAUCAUGGUGAGCUGGAACACCACGGGGGACUGCGAGGGCGACGAGUGCCGGCCGCGGCUCGUUGGCUUCAUCGACUCCAAGGAUGUCAGGAUUCAUGACAUCACCCUCAACCAGCCGGCCUACUGGUGUCUGCAUCUUGUCAGGUGUGACAACUCAGUGAUCCGCAAUGUCUCCAUAUACGGGGACUUUGAUACUCCCAACAAUGAUGGAAUUGACAUUGAGGAUUCAAAUAACACGGUCAUCACUGAUUGCCACAUAGACACUGGUGACGAUGCAAUCUGCCCGAAGUCUAGCACAGGGCCUGUUUACAACUUGACAGCAACAAACUGCUGGAUUCGGACUAAAUCUUGUGCUAUCAAGUUUGGAAGUGCAAGCUUUUUCAACUUUGAGAGGCUGCUCUUUGACAACAUAACUAUAGUUGAUGCGCAUCGAGGACUUGGAAUGCAGAUACGUGAUGGAGGGAACGUUAGUGAUGUGAUGUUUUCAAACAUCAAAAUGCGCACCAGGUACUACCAUCCUUCAUGGUGGGGGCGAGCUGAACCGAUCUACAUCACCACCUGUCCAAGGCACCCUGGUUACAAAGAAGGCACCAUUUCGGAUGUCCGUUUCAUCAACAUCUCAUCGGUAUCAGAAAAUGGAGUUUUCCUGGCUGGAUCAAGGCAUGGCCUUCUUCGCAAUCUGAAGUUCGAGAACGUUGACCUGACCUACAAGAGAUGGACAAACUACACGGGUGGCCUGUAUGAUUACAGGCCUGGAUGUCAAGAGAUGGUGAAGCACAGGACUGGUGGUAUGAUGCUGGAGCACAUCUCUGGCCUGGAGAUUGACAAUGUCAAGAUGAGAUGGUCGAAAGGAAGUCUGAAAGGGUGGGAUGUUAAUCCGCUCCUCUUUCGACCAUCAACUAUCGAUGGGCUGUCUUUCCAUGACUGGCAGUCGUUGGAUGUUCAAUAGCAGAUCAACUGAAUAUGAACAGCACCAUACCUGUAUCAAUACCACGAAUUGACGCAGAAUAAGUGGCAAUUCUUUGUGAAUUUGUUACUAAUAAAAUAUCCAAACAGCAACAUUGUAUUGAUUUCCUGCAUAUGGGUGAGUGUCACUGCUAUAACUGUUUCAUGAGCUCGAAUUCAAGCCUACAGAGGUAAUUUGAGUAAACCUGAAGCCCUUUGUCUGAUGUUGAAUUGAUGAUAUUGUAUUAUUGGACACAACCUGAUGAUUCCAGAAAUGUUUUAGAUAGAGUUGGGAGCAA